UGGAGUCCACUUGGCUCGAGAGAGGGUCAAGUAUUACAUGCCGCAAGAUGUUCCUCGCUGAUUGAUAUAGCAAUUGGUCAAAUCGGACGGGACAUUUUUACAGCUCAAUGAAAACGAGCUCAUACUCUGACACCCAACUCUAUCUAGAAAAGCUGACGAGUGUUGUAUCAGUCAUCGGCGUGAUACGCGUUUCGAUCAAUUGUCAGGAAGACGAGUGUUGGAUCAAUCAUCGGAAUGCCUCGUGCGAUUCAAUUGAUCCAUGUACCAGUGUAUCUGCCGACCGUUCUUGACUCAUAACGUCGGAUUCGGCACUCCAGCCGUGCGAAGUCGAAGAUUCAUCGGAUGUGCACGAUAGCGCACGAGCGUGUGCAGCGCGUCGGGCUAGACUUGCACUACAUUGUGUCCCCUCGGUGCGGAAGACUCUCUGCACACGUGGCACCACUAGGACGAUCUCCUGAGCGACAUCUAUUCGCAGGCGGCACUACGAACCUGAAAAAUCUCGCGCCUUUCGACGCUGCCGGAAACAACCGAGCUCGUGCAUGCGCGAGAUUCGCGUGGUCCAGCAAUGACAUGCCGCCUUCUUAUGAACAUGUGCGCUCCGGUCACAGCAUCAGUCCAAUCACACCAAACGGUUUUUGCUACCGUCGCACUGUGCAUGCACUCCACCCUACUCGCAUGACAGCCUAUGUAUCCUUUGCCGGGAUCCACCGACAGGAGGUAUAUCGUGAUGCAAUUGCAGCAGCUUCGAUACGUACGACGAUAACGAAGCCUCUUUCAAAGUUCCAUGACCCCUCUCGUGUACAAUUUGCGACCCUCGAACCUGUUGCAUUGUCUUUGUCUUACGUACAGCACACCGGUUUUGGGCCAAUUUGUACCACCUCGGGUCGUUGUUCAGAUCAACAACCGAACGUCAUACGUGUGAUACAUAUCAGGAUAAAUGGUCAUAUUACUAGACGUUCGUCCACAAAGUUCGAGAUCGCUGAGGCAAGGCUUAUGAGCGAUCUGCGUGACUGUACAGUCGUCCAUCGAAGACCAAAUACAACAGCGUUUCCGUACUCUUUGCAAGUCAAAGGUAAAUGUCAAUCAAGGUACAUUUCCAAGACUUGUAUAACCAUUACUGUCCAAGUCCCAACCAGCCCAGGAUACCACACCACGACAGCAAAGUUCACAAUCGCGCCGUUGUCGAGACCCUCUUCCACAAGAAUGGAACUGUCCUCCAACGACGCCGCCACCGCCAUCCGCAACAAACAAGAAUGGAUCCGAUCCUGCGAGAAAAAUGCCUCGCUGGCAUCGGACCCCGUCCAGGCGGAGGAGUGGCGGGCUCACGCACGCUAUGAACGGGUGGAGCUGAAAAGAAUGGAGGAAGCGGCUGCACAGGCUCGGCUCAAACGACAUCGUGAAGAGGCUCAACGACAACGGGAGAAGGAGCGCCAGCAGCAAGAGAGAGGGUUUCAGCAGCAAGAGAGAGAGUCUCAGCAGCAGGAGAGGGAGUUUCAGCAGCGUGAGGAGCACCGGCACCGGCAUGGAGAGGAGCAGCGUCUGGCGAGGGAGGAACGGGUGGUGAAUUGA